AUCAACUUUCACACCCUCACCGCCUCAUCGUUGACACGUUACAAGCUCCAGCCGGCUUUAGACGGCGAAUACAACGCUCUUUUGGUUUGAUGCCGAAAUAUGAAAAAAUGUUUGGAAUUUCGAUCGAAGUUUUUGAUUUGCAGUCAAUGAAUACCAUCAAAACAGGUCUUAUUUGGCUUCUAAGAGUGGCAUGGAUAGCCGGAACUCUUCCUAUCCUCAUCGCUUCAUUCCCUUCUUCACGUCUCAAUUCAUUUCAUGCCCUUUUACAAGGAUUUGCCAAGAGGGGCAAGAUUAUGCCAUCUUCAUCCCAUAAGUUCACAGUUCCGCAGAGUUUCUUUCUACAUUUUUAUUUGUUGGCCGUAGCCUGGACAACGAUGUUGUUAAUGGGUACUUGGUACUUUGCAUACAAAGUUGCACCUUUGAGUUCUGAGUCAUUGAGUUAUUCUGCAGCUGCUAGUCACUUGACAGGAGGGUCACAUGUCUUUUCCUCGCACAAAUAUCGUUUUACCUCAGCUGAAGACAGAUUCAAUGUUUGGAAGUCUGUGUUCUUGCUGUUGUUGAUGGAAGUUCAUGUCCUUAGGCGUCUAUACGAGACCUUUCAUGUUUUUAACUACAGCUCUUCUGCUCGAAUGCACAUUUUUGGAUACUUGACUGGCGUCUAUUUUUAUAUAGCAGCACCUCUGUCACUCUGCGCAUCUUGUGUACUAGAAGUUGUUAAUUUUUUAGCUGAUCAAAUAGCAGACUUUAAUGUUGAAGGCCAAGAAAUGCUGUCAACUACAGAUUUUGAUUUGUGGAGAUAUGUGAAGCCUAUGACAAGGCUUGGAUGGUGCCAAUGGGCUGGUGCUGCUAUAUUUGCUUGGGGAUGGCUCCAUCAAUACUGUUGUCAUGCAAUUCUUGUUAGUUCCUUGGGAUUUUGCUGUUCUCAACAAGAUUGUGAAAUAAAAGCUAUAUAUGUUAAGGGUUCACUUAGAGAACACAGAGAUCAAACUGUUGAAUAUGUGAUUCCACAUGGUGAUUGGUUUGAAAUUGUCUCAAGUCCACACUAUUUAGCUGAGAUGGUGAUUCUCUUUCUCAGUCUGUCUUGCAAAUGCUUGCUAAUAUGCCCUAAUUGCUGUCAAAGUCAUGAACCUUACUUUCUUUCUUCUGUACAGAUAAUAUAUGCUGGCCUAUUGGUUGCAAGUGGAGGAGCUGACUUCACUAUAUGGCUACUUUUAGUAUUUGUGGUGGCUAAUCUUGCAUUUGCUGCAGCAGAAACCCACCGGUGGUACCUCCAGAAGUUCGAGGACUAUCCACUUAACCGAUGGGCCAUUUUUCCAUUUGUGUAUUAGUUCCAAGAGAAUGUUUUGAAGUUUGUUUUAUAAAUUAGUUAGCUCUUAUUGUCUGCAAUUUCUUUUUAUUUGAUAAUAACUUGGUUACUGAAAUGUACAGAUGACUAUGAUUUUCUAAUAACUAGAAAAAAGAUUCUAUAAGCUUCCCAACCCGAAGGAAAAAGAAGCGUUGUUGAACAUUAUCAUCGAGCUUUUUGUCAUUUAUGUAAAAGCAUGGAUCAAACCAAACAGCUUUGAAGUCUCUCACUUAUAUUCCUUCAAUUCUCAUGAUUCUUUGUUAGAUUAAUGUUUGUUAAUAAGGUUGUAAACAAGUACAUCAAUACUACUUUAUAUAGGAUCCCUUGAGAACCAAUGACACGUGUAAUUUUUUUUUU